AUGGAGUCUAUUCCCCCUUCAUAUACUCCUUCCUUACCAACACCGUCAUACUCGACAGAGCUUCUCCCAGGGGAACAAACGGUUGAGGAGACUCGACGAUGGGCUCUGCGGCAAGCUCGGAACGGAGUCUUUCGUAGGAUAACAGACAAUAUCACACUUGUUUUAAGAGAUCAGCAACUGGGGAGCAUAACGCCCGUCUACGGCAAAAAUGGACGCGUUGAAGGUCAUAUAUCUUUGCGAAGUUCAGGAGGCCUCACAGAAGUCACCUUGAAGGUAGAGGUUGAAUCUUUCCUCAAAGUAGCCGUUUUGUCUUAUUUCCCCCAAUAUCAGCUCGAGGGUCACCUUCGUCUUCAACCAUCAGUGGCAGCCGGGCUCGUCCCUAUAUCAGUUGCAUUCGAUUCUUAUUCUUUGUGGAGUUCUUCAUCCACCGAGCCUUGUCCUAUGACCCUACCUUUCACAAUAUUCUUUCCUUCUACUUUCAUGGAUGAAGGUCAACCACAACCUUUACCUCCCUCAUUCGAGGACAAAUAUGCGACGUGCUCCUACACGCUUAGCGUCGUAGUCUCAAGACCUCGACGAUUCUUAUCUUCUUUUCCCUCUAGUGAUACCCUUGUGGUAUCCGUAUGCUAUCGUCCACGUUCUCGCCCGCACACACCCAUGCUUCCGAGCGAUGUACCGUUCAUGACCACGCUGAAGAGUUCCCCCGAAGAAUGGUAUCAAGGACUCUCCACCAUGAAUGCAACACAGAGUUCCAAUCUCACGCCGGUACAAUGUCUUCUCUUUAUUCCUUCAGUGCAGGUCUAUCCAUUAUCUGAGACCAUACCGUUCCACCUCCAAUUGCGUGCUCCAUCGAGUUCAUUAGCCCUAUUCAUUGGAAAAUCUGCACCUGAUCACAGCCUUCCCGUGCUCCUCUCAGGAGAAAUUACCGUUCGCGUCUACUUACUUCGCCAAGUAGUUGUCAAGACCUCGAAAGAACAAAGAACGUCCAAACAAAUAUUAGGAGAAGGCAAGCUGACAUACUCCGCCCCUCAUCACUCAUAUCGCAACCUCCCGCUCGGGGAGGGCAUUGAUUGUUUGGACUGGGAUGGCGAACUGCGAUAUAUCGAAGAUGUCGCAGUCGGAAGCUUUGCAACAAACCCACUCUCGGUUAGAGAUUUUAUUGUGCUUUCCCUCCAACCUCUGCAACCGCUAAAGUGCCCACUCAUUGGGUUAAAACACUUCCAUCCGGUUCGUCUGGUGACAGACCCAUGGUUGGAUCACGGGGUCACUUUCUAG